AUGUUCCCUCAACGAACGAUGCUCCGAACUACCCAGCGCUUCGCCGCCCAGCUGCGAUCGCCAGCUGUGCGCACACCCAUCCAACGCCGCCUGGCAAGCACCGAGACCUCUGCCUUCGAAGGUGCCGAGAACAAUGCCUUCAACCGGGAGAGGAAGGCUAUGAAGGACCACGCUGCUGCCACAAGUGAUUUGUGGCGCAAGUUGUCACUCUACGUAGUCCCCCCAGUCUUGAUCAUUGCUUCCGUUAACGCGUGGGUUUUGUGGAAUGAACAUUGGGAGCACUGGGAGCAAUUGCCGCCUUUGGAGGAGAGAAUUCAGUACCCGUACCAGAACAUCCGAACUAAGAACUUCUUCUGGGGUGAUGGAGACAAGACCCUAUUCUGGAAUGACAAGGUCAAUUAUCACAAGAAGAGCGAGUAA